AUGCUUCGCUGUUCCCCCACGCUUCGCUGUUCCCCCACGCUUCGCUGCACUGAUUCCCGCACACCCCUCGCGUUGGCAGUGCUUCACUCGCUCUCCCUCUGCUGCGCAGCGGGCGGCGCCGUGCGGCGAGAGCUGCUGGAUGCGAGCGACGGCCUCCUGACCCAAACGGUCACCACCACGGGCAGCAGCGGCAGCACGGACCCUAACGAGAAUCUCAUUAUCGGAUAUGUAAGCACCGUCUCCGAGAGCACCAGCAGCAGCAGCGGGGGGAGCACCGGGAGCUCCAUCAGUGGUGGGGGCACCGGAAGCUCCAUCAGUGGUGGGGGCACCGGAAGCUCCAUCAGUGGUGGGGGCACCGGAAGCUCCAUCAGUGGUGGGGGCACCGGAAGCUCCAUCAGUGGUGGGGGCACCGGAAGCUCCAUCAGUGGUGGGGGCACCGGAAGCUCCAUCAGUGGUGGGGGCACCGGAAGCUCCAUCAGUGGUGGGAGCACCGUAAGCGCUGGCAGCACUGGGGGCAGCACCUCUGCGAGCGGCACUGAGAGCACCAGCGGGAGCAGCUCUAGGAGCAGCAGCGGAUGGUUGGACAACUGCAGCGUAGCUUGUGUAGUCAUUAAUGAACCCACCAGAUUCCGAGCUGCCUCAGUGCUCACAUCAAUGACCAACAUGAGCGCCAAAUUCAACGUGGAUGUUAACAUCACAUCAGCGCAGCAAAAGGCGUUCUACAGCUUCACCGUGAUGGGCGUGCCGAGCAGCCCAGCGCCGGUCUUCUCCAAGUCCUCCUACCGCACCGACGCAGGGGAGAUCGUGGCAGAGUUUGGGUGCACGCCCAAGCCCACCAGCACGCUGGGGACAUACCGCUGCACGUCCAGUACUGUCGCCAACCUCACAGUGCCGUUCAGGCCGGUGAGCAGGGUGUUUGCGCUGGUUAAUGCAGGGUUCUUCUUCGCCCCCUACUACUUCUACUCCACCAUCAAAGUGAACGGCGUGAGGCUGCGCGGUAACAUCACCGCCUCUUUUGUUUAUCCUGAUUACUUGUAA